GAGCGGAACUACGGGGAUGGCAAAAAUGACAGCUCAGUCACCGCCCUCUUUUCAGCUCACUGCCCUCGUUCUCACCCUCUGUGUCGCCAUUACUCACUCCCUUCACUUCUCUCCCCCUCACCUACCUUCCCCAUCCCUCCCUAGCUCCAGACCCAGAAGCAGAAUUCUGGGCUCGGAGCCCGGAGCCGAGAGGGACCUUGGCGUCCCGGCAGCAAUGGAGGACGGAGAGUGGGUCCUUCUGAGGCGACUCGCCGAGAAGGACUACUGGGACCCAACUACUCCGGUGAAAGACGACGAUACAGAGGGAUCGAGGCCGCCGCUGAAGGUGACGUCCAGCGAGCCAGCCAAGCACUGGACCGACGCUCUGCCCAUCGGCAAUGGCCGGCUGGGGGCCAUGGUGUGGGGCGGCGUGGCCAACGACACUCUCCAGCUUAACGAGGAUACGCUAUGGACCGGAACUCCUGGAAACUAUACCAACCCCGAUGCACCGGCAGCAUUGUCAGUUGUGCGGAAACUUGUCGACAAUGGGCAAUAUGCCGAGGCAACUGAAGCAGCUGUUCGACUUUCGGGCAAUCCUUCCGAUGUUUAUCAGCUUCUCGGAGACAUCAACUUUAAGUUUGACGAUUCCCAUCUCUCAUAUGACGAAGGAUCAUACAUCAGAGAGCUCGAUCUCGAGACAGCUAUGGUCAUGGUGAAAUACGCCGUAGGUGGAGUCGAGUUCACUAGGGAAUACUUCGCUUCUUACCCUGAUCAGGCCAUCGUCCUAAAACUCUCUGCUAGCAAAUUGGCUUCCAUCUCAUUCACCGUCUCCUUGGACAGCAAACUCCAUCACCACACAUUUGUAACUAACGGCAGUAACCAAAUCGUGAUGCAAGGAAGUUGCCCCGGGACAAGAAUUGCUCCAAGUGAUAACGAUAACCCAAAGGGGAUUCAGUUCUCUGCGGUUCUGAACAUACAGGUCAGUGGUGAUAAAGCGGUUAUAACUGCCUUAGACGACAAGAAAGUGUCGGUUAAGGACACCGACUGGGCUGUCUUAGUUCUUGUUGCUUCUUCUUCAUUUGAUGGUCCAUUCACCGAGCCUUCUGAGUCGCAAAAAGAUCCAACCUCAGACUCGAUGAGGCAUAUGGGGUCGAUUGGGAACUUAUCAUACUCUAAUCUAUUAGCCCGCCACUUGGAUGACUAUCAGAGUUUGUUCCACCGCGCUUCGAUUCAGCUCUCAAAGAGUGUGCCUGGUGAAAAUGUUGGUAAAAAGACUACUGCUGAGAGAGUGAAAUCGUUUCGAGAUGAUGAGGAUCCUUCCCUGGUUGAACUUUUGUUCCAGUAUGGAAGAUAUUUGCUUAUUUCUUCGUCGAGGCCAGGGACUCAGGUGGCAAACCUGCAGGGCAUUUGGAAUGAUAAAAUCGAACCACCAUGGGAUGGUGCACCUCAUUUGAACGUUAAUCUGCAAAUGAAUUAUUGGUCUUCACUUUCGUGCAACCUGAGGGAGUGCCAGGAACCCUUAUUUGACUACAUUUCCUCGCUUUCAGUCAAUGGAAAAAAAACUGCAGAGGUAAAUUAUGGAGCGAAUGGUUGGGUUGCUCAUCAAGUGUCAGAUAUAUGGGCUAAAACAUCACCUGAUCGAGGUCAAGCAGUUUGGGCUCUUUGGCCGAUGGGUGGAGCUUGGCUUUGUACCCAUUUAUGGGAGCAUUAUACAUAUACCCUGGACAUCGAUUUUCUGAAAGUUAAGGCAUACCCUUUGUUGGAAGGAUGCACGUCAUUUCUGUUGGAUUGGUUAAUAGAAGGUCGUGGAGGGUACCUGGAGACCAACCCCUCAACUUCUCCUGAACACACCUUCAUUGCUCCGGAUGGAAAGCCUGCUAGUGUCAGCUACUCUACCACCAUGGACAUGGCCAUCAUAAAAGAGGUGUUCUCCGCUAUCGUUUCUGCUGCCGAGAUCUUAGGAAGGAAGGAGGAUGCACUUGUUAAAAGAGUCGUUGAGGCUCUACCGAAGCUUCUGCCCACAAAAAUUGCCAGAGAUGGAUCCAUCAUGGAAUGGGCACAAGAUUUCAAAGACCCGGAGAUACACCAUCGGCAUCUAUCGCAUUUGUUUGGUCUCUUUCCGGGACACACAAUCAGUGUUGAGGAAACUCCCGAUCUCUCUAAAGCUGCAAACCACACACUUUAUAAAAGAGGAGAAGAAGGUCCAGGGUGGUCGACUAUAUGGAAAAUAGCUUUGUGGGCUCGGCUACACAACAACGAGAAUGCAUAUCGAAUGGUCAAGCACUUGUUCGACUUGGUUGAUCCUGAUCAUGAAGGUAACUAUGAAGGAGGCCUUUACAGCAAUUUGUUCACGGCACACCCUCCCUUUCAGAUUGAUGCAAAUCUCGGAUUUCCGGCAGCAGUGGCAGAGAUGCUCGUUCAGAGCACAGUUAAGGAUCUUUACCUGCUUCCCGCCCUGCCCCAGGAUAAAUGGCCCAAUGGUUGUGUCAAAGGGCUGAAGGCCCGUGGAGGGUUGACCAUCAACAUCUGCUGGAGAGAAGGCGACCUUCACGAAUUCGGUAUCUGGUUAAACAAUCAAAAUGCCGUCACUGUUCAAAGACUACACUACAGAGGAACGACAACCAUGACAAACAUAUAUCCGGGAAAAGUACACACAUUCAAUGAGCAGUUGAAGUGCGUGAAGACGAACUCUCUCUGAGGAGCGAAGCGGCUAAUUUUCUUUUCAGCACACAGAUGUAGAGAUCUCUGAUUGAACAUGUUAAAGGGCAUUCUUGUUCUUUCCCAAUGUAUCAUCAGUCCGGCUGGGAAGUUUAUUGGAGUCCAUGUUUUCUACAGAUCUACUGAACCUAUGUUCGUUGAAGGAAUCAAACUUCUACGUAUAUCGACAAAUCAGAGCAUGUAAUUGAGCACAUGGUUCAUAUUA